AUGAUAAUUAAAGCCAUUGGCCAUAUUAAAUGUAAAUUAGAUUGGUAUCAGCAGGUUUGCGGAACCGCUAAGGCCUGCUUAUCGAUGCCUACACUUGAUUCUAUUAAUUGGACGGCUGAAAUUUAUAUAAGAUGUACUAUAAUUCUAGCGCCUUGUCAUUCCACCAAUGAACUACUUGCAGCUCAUAAUAAUUCCAGAAUAAUAUCGAGGUUAUUAGAUCCUAUGUCUAAAGCAAUUAUUACUAUGGACGGUACUAGAUUACUACAAGUGAUGAUAAUUUUAUUCUGCUGCUUUAAUUCGGCUCGAUCAGCUGAUCCUUGCUUCAAUACCAACCACUGUGAUACUAAAACAGUUUGCAUAGCUAGCAAUGCCUCUUCUAUGGGAUAUUUCUGUAAAUGCCGUGCUGGUUAUUAUCCUACGAUUUCUUCAGCUGUUGAUCCUCACUGCCAACAGGUCAUGACGGUUAAGGGGACAGUGGGAUUUUUAGAUAACUAUACACCGGCCAGCAUAGAAAACGACGUGGAACAAUUUACCAUCUUGAGUAGUUUUCCAGGUCAUAUGAGCACGCGUUUUCGAACUCUUCGAAUGCCUCCAAUCGUUGCCAACUAUUACUUGAUGUUUCAUUUCGACGCAGCGAUAGAAUAUCAAAAAUUGAAUAAAGACAUAAGCACUAUGUUAUCAACAGAUACAAAAUAUAAAAUAUUAUACGCGGAUCACUCUAGAAUUAGUGAGUGUGAUUUUAGUAAUGAUCCUUGCUCCAGCUUAAAACAACUGUGUGUCCCGGAUGCUCUCUCGUAUUCCUGUAAAAGUUGUGAAGCCGGAGUUCAAUUCAAUACUACAACUAAGACCUGUCCAGGUGAAGUUAAGCCUACACUUCCCCGCAAGACCUGGCCAACAUUUACCUGUAAAGACGUUCAUUGUGGGUCAAAUGCAUACUGUAAUCCCGAUUAUUCAAAACCUUUCGGAUGGUAUUGUAAAUGUAAUGAAGGCUACUAUCCAAAUAUUGUAUCAACUGAAGCAGCUGGAUUUAGUUGUAGCUCGCAACCUCUCAAGUUAUAUCAUGAGGGAACCUAUGUCGUAGCUACUCUAAUCAUAUCGCCGAGGAUUAAUUCGACCGCUGUAAAACAGCAGCUGGCAACCAUGCUUUUCCCGGAGGGUUCAGAUUUUGUUGCUAGCGAGAUAAAAUCGGAACUGACACUUAGCUUUUAUAUUAAUUUCAGUUAUGGCAAUAUAGAAGCCGACUUCCAUAUUAAAAUCAACAGAAGCGUUCCAGUUGAUUUGAAGAAGAUUACUAAUUCGAUUCGAGCUGCAGUUCAAGUUGCUCAAAAUUAUACGUUUAUACGUGUUCAAUAUUUUGAUCCCAAAAUAUGCGGUACAGACUAUGAUCCUUGCUCUGGUCACUCACUGGAAUGCGCUCCUAAGAAUUACGGUUUCGAAUGUCGAAGAUGCCCAACGGGUUCUUAUUUCCAAGGCUGUUUGAAAAAUUGUUCGGAAAUUGACGAAUGUGCUAGCAUACCAAAUAUUUGUAAGGAAAGCGAAAAAUGUAUCAACACAAUUGGAAGCUAUUACUGUCUAUCAGCUAAUGCUACGGAAACCUCUCAAAUCCUUCCGACGGCUAAUAUCUCAGCAACUUCUGCGGACUAUAUGUCAGGAACAAGCGCAACGGAAGCAACCGCGACUACAAUUCCUUCAUCAACUGCUGCCUCAGAAAUUUUAUCAGAUUAUAUCUCAGCAACAGGAGAAGUUAAGACAACGGCGACUCCAAUUCUUGCUUCAGCUAAUGCCUCAGGAACUUUAUCAGCAUAUAUCUCUGCAACAGGAGAAAUUGAAACAACAGCAACUCAAAUUCUUGCUUCAACUAAUGACUCAAAAACUUUAUCAGAAUAUAUUUCAGUAACAGAAGAUGUUAAAACAACAACGACUCAAAUUCUUGCUUCAACUAAUAUUUCCGAGACUUUAUCAGAAUAUAUCUCAAUAACAGGAGAAGUUAAAACAACCGUUACUUCAGUUGAAACAGUAAUUAAGUCUGAAGAACCGUCUAUCGAAAUCUUAACAAGCGCUACCAGUGUAAUAACAUCUUCUGCUCAUAUCCAAUUGGAAAGCUCGAAUGUAGACCAAAGUAGUUCCGUCGAAGUACCGGGAUCUUCGACAAAUUAUAUUGAGAGUACAGGUCACAAGAGUACAAGCUACUGGAGUGAUUCUCAUAGUUCAGCUGUAUCCAUAUUACCGGCACCUUCUGAGGUUGAUUGGUUAGGCACAGCAUUUAAUGAUGUUACCGUUAGCCCAAGUGAAGUCAUCAUUAUUAAUAGUACCGCUACACCCGAAUUACCAACUGAAUAUUGUGCAAGAAAUCGUUGUGAGGCCAAUUCUAUUUGUAUAGUAAAGCCUAACAGUCCAUCAGGAAUUUAUUGUCAGUGUGAUACAGGAUAUCGUCCUACGAACACAACUUCCAUAGGUCAAGUUGGCUGCAAAGAUAUUAAUGAAUGCAUCAUUUCCAAACCUUGUGAUCAUAAAUGUAUCAAUACUGUGGGCAGCUAUUCGUGUUCUUGUCAUCCAGGAUUCAAACUUGGUAGCGAUAAUAAAACUUGUGGAGAUGUAAAUGAAUGCGCUAGCAAUGAUAAUCCUUGCUUCUUUCAAAAGAAGCUUUGCCUCAAUCUCAAUCCGGGAUAUAUGUGUCAAAAUUGUCCCACUGGUAGUUCCUUCGAUACGUUAAUAAACGGUUGUACAGCUGCCUCCACUUCUAGUCCUACUGUUGGUAGCAAUUCCUCUGCUACAUUGGGUGAUCAAUGUAAACAUGAUACUUGUGGGUCAAAAGCAAAAUGUUAUGAUCAGCCGUUAUUAUCACCCCAAUUUUUUUGUCGAUGUCGCCAAGGCUACUAUCAAGAUAACCCCAGCGAAUUACUAAUUAACGGGGAUGGAUGCUUGCCUGGUAGGUUUGUUGCUGGGUACGUGAAUCUUAGACCUAAACCAAACCUUUUUAGUAAUGUUACCGAUGAAAUGCUCAAGUCAGAGACUAAACAUCAGAUGGAAAGUAUGAUUAGAGCACAAUCAGGAAUGCAAAAUCACUUAAUGAGGUCAACGCACAUCUCUAACCGCUAUGGCCAGGUAUUAACGAUUGAUUUUCAGUUAACGCUUAAGAAGGAAGCUCCAAUAUCACUGUCGGCAAUUCAGCAAGUAUUAAGUGCACAAUUGAUGUCCAUUUAUACUUAUGACGUAAUAAGUGCCCAAGUGACAAGUGAACUUAAAGGGAUCUAA